ACCAUGGGGGAUGUGAAGCUGGCUGCCUCAACACAGGUUUCCAAAACCUCCAUCAGUGUGGAUCACUCAAGAGUCGGUUCCAUGCCCCUGACCGAGGCCCCUGCUUUCAUUGUGCCCCCUCGGAACCUCUGCAUCAGAGAAGGAGCCACCGCCAAGUUUGAAGGGAGGGUCCGGGGUUACCCAGAGCCCCAGGUGACGUGGCACCGAAAUGGGCAACCCAUCACCGGUGGGGGCCGCUUCCUGCUAGAUUGCGGUAUCCGGGGGACUUUCAGCCUUGUGAUUCAUGCUGUCCGUGAGGACGACAAGGGAAAGUAUACCUGUGAAGCCACCAAUGAUAGUGGUGCCCGCCAGGUGACAGUGGAGUUGACUGUAGAAGGGACCUUUGUGAAGAAGCACAGUCAGCCUGUUGUUUCCAAAACCUUGGGGGACAGAUUUGCAGCCCCCGCGGUGGAGACCCGUCCCAGCAUCUGGGGAGAGUGCCCACCGAAGUUUGCUACCAAGCUGGGUCGAGCCGUAGUCAAAGAGGGACAGAUGGGACGGUUCUCCUGCAAGAUCACUGGCCGGCCCCAACCCCAGGUCACGUGGCUCAAGGGAGAUGUUCCCCUGAAGCCAAGUGCCCGUGUAUCUAUGUCUGAGAAGAAUGGAGUACAAGUUCUGGAAAUCCAUGAGGUCAGCCGAGAUGAUGUGGGAGUGUACACGUGCCUGGUGGUGAAUGGGUCGGGGAAGGCCUCCAUGUCGGCCGAGCUUUCUAUCCAAGGUUUGGACAAUGCCAAUAGGUCAUUUGUGAGAGGAACAAAGGCAGCCAAAUCAGAUAUCAGGAAGGAAGUGACCAAUGGAGCCACGCAGGGGCUGAAACUGGGCAGCCUGGAGCCUGCAGCUGAAAGAAAAAACUGCUCCGGCACCCAGAGAGGUGGCUCCCCGACCUGGGCUACAGGUAGCCAUCCUCAGCCCCUGCGGGAGUCCAAGCUGGAGCCGUCUGGGGACCCACCUAGGAAAGCCCUGAGCAGCCCCAUCCUGCAGAAGACUUCCAGCACCAUCACCCUGCAGGCCGCAAAAGUCCAGCCGGAAACAAGAGCACUGGCCUCGGGCGCCCUCUCUCCUUCUGGAGAAGACGGGGAGAGGCCAGCUGCCCCCCCUCCGGCCACCCUCCCCACCAGGCAUUCUGGCCUGGGAAGCCAGGAGGUUGUGAGCAAGGUUGCUACCAGGAAAAUCCCCAUGGAGAGCCGGAGGGAUUACACAUUCCCCAAAUUUGAAAGCAAGCCCCAAAGCCAGGAAGUCAGUGAAGAUCAAAUAGUCAAGUUCAGAUGUGAGGUUUCAGGGACCCCGAAGCCUGAAGUGACCUGGUUCCUGGAAGGUGCCCCCGUGAGAAGACGAGAAGGCAUCGUUGAGGUUUAUGAGGAAGGCGGAUGCCAUCACCUCUGCCUGCUCAGAGCGCGGGCCAGGGACAGUGGGAACUACAGCUGCACGGCCUCCAAUGUCCAAGGCCAGGUGUCCUGUGGCUGGACUCUCUUGGUGAAACAGCUGGCUGUGAUGGAGGUGGCUCCCUCAUUCUCCAGUGUCCUGAAGGACUGCACUGUCAUUGAGGGCCAGGACUUUGUGCUGCAGUGCUCAGUGCAGGGGAUCCCGGUCCCCCAAAUCACUUGGCUGCUCAAUGAGCAGCCCAUCCAGUACGCUCACUCCUCCUGUGAGGCCGGUGUGGCCGAGCUCCACAUCCAGGACGCCCUGCCGGAGGACGAUGGCAUCUACACCUGUCUGGCCAAGAACACCUUGGGGCAGGUGUCCUGCAGCGCCCGGGUCACUGUCCAUGAAAAGAAGAGCGACAGGAAGAGUGGGUAUCUUCUGCCCGCGGCUCCCAGCAAGCCCGUCGCACCCCUCUUCCUGCAGGGCCUCUCUGACCUCAAAGUCAUGGAUGGAAGCCAGGUCACCAUGACAGUCCAGGUAUCAGGGAAUCCGCCCCCCGAGGUCAUCUGGUUUCACAAUGGGAAUGAGAUCCAGGAGUCCGAAGACUUCCACUUUGAACAAAGAGGGACUCGGCACAGCCUUUGUAUCCAGGAAGUGUUCCCGGAGGACACGGGCACUUACACCUGUGAAGCCUGGAACAGCGCUGGAGAGGUCCGCACCCAGGCAGUGCUCAUGGUGCAAGAGCCUCAGGAUGGCACCCAGCCCUGGUUCAUCAGCAAGCCCCGCUCAGUGACAGCCUCCCUGGGCCAAAGUGUCCUCAUCUCCUGUGCCAUAGCUGGAGACCCCUUCCCUACCGUGCACUGGCUCCGAGAUGGCAAGGCCCUCUCCAAAGACACUGGCCACUUUGAGGUGCUGCAGAAUGAGGACGUGUUCACGCUGGUUCUAAAGAAUGUGCAGGCCUGGCAUGCCGGCCAGUACGAGAUCCUGCUCAAGAACCGGGUUGGCGAAUGCAGUUGCCAGGUGUCACUGAUGCUACAGAGCAGCCCUACCAGAGCCCCCCUGCGGGGGAGGGAGCCUGCCAGCUGUGAGGGCCUCUGUGGCCGGGGAGCCAGUGCUGAUGGUGGUGGCGGUGACCGCUAUGGGACCCUGAGGCCCGGCUGGCCAGCAAGAGGGCAGGGUUGGCCGGAGGAGGAAGACAGUGAGGACGUGCGGGGAGUGCUGAAGAGACGCGUGGAGACCCGGCAGCACACGGAGGAGGCCAUCCGCCAGCAGGAGGUGGAACAGCUGGACUUCCGUGACCUCCUAGGGAAGAAGGUGAGCACCAAGAGCGUGUCAGAAGAGCACCUAAAGGAGAUCCCAGCCGAGCAGAUGGAUUUCCGUGCCAACCUGCAACGGCAAGUGAAGCCAAAGACUGUGUCAGAGGAAGAGAGGAAGGUGCAUAGCCCUCAGCAGGUAGACUUCCGCUCGGUUCUGGCCAAGAAGGGGACUCCUAAGACCCCGGUCCCUGAGAAGGCACCGCUUCCGAAACCCGCCACCCCAGAUUUCCGCUCAGUGUUAGGCAGCAAGAAAAAAUUACCAGCAGAGAAUGGUAGCAACAAUGCCGAGGCCUUGAAUGCCAAGGCAGCAGAAAGUCCAAAGGCUGUGGGCAAUGCCCAGGCUUUAGGGUCCCUGAAACCCUCAGGCAAUGCCAAGCCUGCCGAGACCCUAAAACCUCUGGGCAACGUCAAGCCUGCCGAGUCCCCCAAACCCGUGGAUAACGCCAAGCUUGCUGAGACACUGAAACCCUUGAGUAAUGCCAAGCCUGCUGAGACCCCAAAACCUGUGAGCAACACCAAGCCUGUCGAGACCCCGAAAUCCGUGAGCACCACCAAGCCUGCUGAGACCCCAAAAUCCAUGGGCAACGCCAAGCCUGCUGAGACCCCGAAAUCCGUGGGUAACGCCAAGCCUGCUGAGACUCCGAAAUCCAUUAGUGCCACCAAGCCUGCUGAGACCCCGAAAUCCAUGGGCAAUGCCAAGCCGGCUGAGACCCCGAAAUCCGUGGGCAACGCCAAGCCUGCUGAGACCGGAAAAACAGCUGGGAAGGAAGAACUCAAGAAGGAGGUUAAGAAUGAUGUGAACUGCAAGAGGGGGCAUGCAGGAGCCACAGAUAAUCAAAGCAGAUCAGAGAGCCAUGGGACAGCCCCAACCUUCAAGGAGAAGCUACAAGAUGUCCACGUGAUGGAGGGCCAGAAGCUGCUACUCCAGUGUCAGGUGUCCUCUGACCCCCCCGCCACCAUCACCUGGACGCUGAAUGGAAAGACACUCAAGACCACCAAGUUUAUCGUCCUCUCCCAAGAAGGUUCACUGUGCUCUGUCUCCAUCGAGAAGGCAUUGCCCGAGGACAGAGGCGUAUACAAGUGCAUAGCCAAGAAUGGUGCCGGCCAGGCUGAGUGCUCCUGCCAAGUCACCGUGGAUGAUGCUCCUGCCAGGGAGAAUGCCAAGGCCCCGGAGAUGAAAGCCCGGAGGCCCAAGAGCUCUCUUCCCCCAGUGCUAGGAACAGAGAGUGAUGCAACUGUGAAAAAGAAACCUGCCCCCAAGACACCUCCAAAGGCAGCCAUGCCCCCUCAGAUCAUCCAGUUUCCCGAAGACCAAAAGGUGCGCGCGGGAGAGUCUGUGGAGCUGUUUGGUAAAGUGGCAGGCACCCAGCCCAUCACCUGUACUUGGAUGAAGUUCCGAAAGCAGAUCCAGGAGAGCGAGCACAUCAAGGUGGAGAACAGCGAGAAUGGCAGCAGGCUCACCAUCCUGGCCGCACGCCAGGAACACUGUGGCUGCUACACUCUGCUGGUGGAGAACAAGCUGGGCAGCAGACAGGCCCAGGUCAACCUCACUGUUGUGGACAAGCCAGACCCCCCGGCCGGUACACCGUGCGCCUCUGACAUCCGGAGCUCCUCGUUGACCCUGUCCUGGUAUGGCUCCUCAUAUGAUGGGGGCAGUGCCGUGCAGUCCUACAGCGUCGAAAUCUGGGACUCAGUGGACAAAACGUGGAAGGAACUAGCCACAUGCCGCAGCACCUCUUUUAACGUCCAGGACCUGCUGCCAGACCGAGAGUAUAAGUUCCGUGUGCGUGCAGUCAACGUGUACGGAACCAGUGAGCCGAGCCAGGAGUCUGAACUCACAGCAGUGGGAGAGAAACCAGAGGAGCCAAAGGACGAAGUGGAGGUGUCAGAUGAUGAUGAGAAGGAACCUGAGGUCGACUACCGGACGGUGAUUGUCAAUACUGAACACAAAGUGUCUGACUUCUACGACAUCGAAGAGAGACUAGGCUCUGGGAAAUUUGGACAGGUCUUUCGACUUGUAGAAAAGAAAACUGGAAAAAUCUGGGCAGGGAAAUUCUUCAAGGCAUAUUCAGCAAAAGAGAAAGAGAAUAUCCGGCAGGAGAUCAGCAUUAUGAACUGCCUCCACCACCCCAAGCUGGUCCAGUGUGUGGAUGCCUUUGAAGAAAAGGCCAACAUCGUCAUGGUCCUGGAAAUUGUGUCGGGGGGUGAGCUGUUCGAGCGCAUCAUUGACGAGGACUUUGAGCUGACGGAGCGGGAAUGCAUCCAGUACAUGAGGCAGAUAUCGGAGGGGGUGGAGUACAUCCACAAGCAGGGCAUCGUCCACCUGGACCUCAAGCCUGAGAACAUCAUGUGUGUCAAUAAGACUGGCACCAGAAUCAAGCUCAUCGACUUUGGUCUGGCCAGAAAGCUGGAGAAUGCAGGAUCUCUGAAGGUCCUCUUUGGCACCCCAGAGUUUGUGGCACCUGAAGUGAUCAACUAUGAGCCCAUCGGCUAUGCCACGGACAUGUGGAGCAUCGGCGUCAUCUGCUACAUCCUGGUUAGUGGACUUUCCCCCUUCAUGGGUGACAACGAUAAUGAAACCCUAGCCAACGUGACCUCAGCCACCUGGGAUUUCGACGAUGAAGCGUUCGAUGAGAUCUCUGAUGAUGCCAAAGAUUUUAUCAGCAAUUUACUGAAGAAAGAUAUGAAUGCUGAGCAGAGCAAGAAAACGGGCAAUGCUGUGAGAGCCAUUGGAAGACUGUCCUCUAUGGCAAUGAUCUCAGGGCUCAGUGGCAGGAAAUCCUCAACAGGAUCACCAACCAGCCCGCUCAAUGCAGAAAAAUUAGAAUCUGAAGAAGAUGUGUCCCAAGCUUUCCUUGAGGCUGUUGCUGAGGAAAAGCCCCAUGUAAAACCCUAUUUCUCUAAGACCAUCCGUGAUUUAGAAGUUGUGGAGGGAAGCGCUGCUAGGUUUGACUGCAAGAUUGAAGGAUACCCAGACCCUGAAGUUGUCUGGUUCAAAGAUGACCAGUCAAUCCGGGAGUCCCGCCACUUCCAGAUAGACUACGACGAGGAUGGGAACUGCUCUUUAAUCAUUAGUGAUGUUUGCGGGGAUGACGAUGCCAAGUAUACCUGCAAGGCUGUCAACAGUCUCGGAGAAGCCACCUGCACAGCAGAGCUCAUUGUGGAAACCAUGGAGGAAGGGGAAGGGGAAGGAGAAGAGGAAGAAGAGGAAGAGUGAAAGCCAGAGAGAAGCAGUUUCUAAGUCGUCUUACAAAGACUAUUUCUCUAAAGCUCAAAAAAUCCAAGAUAGUAAAAGCACCUAGUGUGAUAGAUUAUCUAGUUAGGUCUUUUGGGGGUUGAUUGUUCUGCAACAGCAGUUGACACCUAGCAGCAGUUAUUGAUGGGCAUUAAUUUGAAUUAGCUGGCACCUUAAGAUACUACCAGUAACUUGCCUCAUCAGUUGAUUUUAAAGAGAAAGUAACCAAAAGAAAUCUUUAUCUGGGUAAGGUCAUAAAUUCCCUAACUGAAAGCACUCAUGAAAAAUAAGGCCCUGUGGUCACAGCCCAGAAGGUCCCUGGAGAAAGAGAUCUCUCUCCCAGCUCCUAACUGCAGAGAACCGAGUCUCCUCCAGCCCUGCAGCACGCCAUUCUGAAAGCAGUUGAGCCAUUUGAACGUAUGAGGCACAUUUUAUUCCAAAGUAUACUGUACACAUUCAAACUUCAUUUCUCUCCCCUGAUGUAUCUACCCGUUUUUCUGGAUCUGAAUUUGCCAUGAGUUUAAGCACUAAGGACAUUAUGCUUCUUAGAUUCUGAAGACAGGUCCCCUGCUCAUGGGUGGCUGGCUUCUUUAGGAGAAUAGAAUCUCUUUUCUUCCAAAAUCAGUAGGAAAUCUAAACUUAUCCCCUCUUUGCAGAUGUCUAGCAGCUUCAGACAUUUUUGUAAGAACCUGUGAAAAAAAAAAUCCUUGCUAAUGUGCUUUUCUUCUGAAACCAGGAUUCGUAUUUGUGCUGUUAUAGAAGAUCAGCUCUGCAUGUGUGGUAAAGAUUUCUGUGUUUGAAUGUAUGAAAAAGCAGUUUCCUAAAAAGUUAGUCUUAAUUAUUUAUUGGCCGCUGUGAAACGGAUUUCAACUGAUGAAGGGCUGUAGAACUGCACAUACUUUGGAAUCUCCUUCAGGGUAGUCUGAGUUUAACAUGCCUUCAAUUCUAAACACUCUCCAGAGGACUCUACCUACCUUAUGGGUUCCACGAUGUUUUCUUCUUGAAUGUGCAUCAGUCAUGCCUUGCCCCCCAGCCUUCAAAUGUAUUCUUAGACCUGAUAAAUGCACUCAGACUUGCAUCUUUAGAAAUUUUUCUUUCACUACAUUGGCACUUAAAUUUUUCUUUAUAAACUUUUUGAAGGUCAUAAACAAAGACUAUAAACUAAUAUGCCUAAUACAUUUCCUCUGAGUGUGUGUGUGUAACAUUCCAAAUACUUUUUUCUUUUCCACUGUUUGUAAAGUGCAGCAAUUUAAUAUUUGAAGGGACUUUUUAAUAGUUCCUCAAGAACCAAUUUGAAAUGACUUCAGUGCAACCCUACACAGGAUCAACUUCAGAACUUUGAUAGUAGUCUUAUGUUACCUUCCAUUCUAUUUUUAUCUGCUUUUUGCUGCUAGUUUCAAAUUUGCCAGUAUUUUUUCUUUUUGCUUUUUUAGCAGUUACAAUUUUUUCAUAAUAGCCACAGUAUUGCCACGGUUUAUAAUAAAGGGUUUUAAAAUUUGAUUUAGAGCUUUUGAAGCUUUUCUUCACUUAACUGUGUUUAGAAGACUAUAACCUUUGUGUGCAUGUAUGUUGUGUGUGUGUGUGCAUGUGUGGUGUGUUUGUUACAGAUUUUUAAUGUCUUGAAAUUGUGUUAAUGUUCUCGCAGUUUAUUAUGCCAUCAGAAUGGUAAAUGAGAACACUACAACUGUAGUUAGCUCACAAUUUUUAAAUAAAGGA